AUGACUUCUGUGAUGUCUCUGACCCUGGUAUAUAGCUCGCUAUACCGGCGCUCCCUGAAGCUGUCCCUCGACUGGGCCGUCCACCGGUCAGUGUGGCGUGGACAGGCUGUCUAUAUCCGUUCGCUUUUCGAGGCCAACAAGGACGUCCGCGACCCUCGCCAGCAGCAGGUCCUUUUGCGCGAGACAGAGAAAUUGUUGGAUGAGUGGAAACACCCCGAUCCCUACCGGCCGCCCACCGCCCCUGGAGGUAACAAAUGGGAGCGAAAUCUGCCGGCUCCAAUUCUGCCUUGUACGUUGAGCACGAACCUGAUCUCAUUGCGCGAGCAACAAGUGCCGUACUAA